CAAAAGUUUCAUUUUAAACAAUGCAAAUAAUUGCAAACAGUGAGCUUUUGGGAAGUAAUAUGUCAAUAACAUUUUCUAAUGAUUAUACUCAUUUUUUCACUGGAACAAAUCAAAGCAACAUUUAUUGGUUGUUUACUGAAAAAUUACUACGGAGCUUCGAAAUACUUGCCAUUAUGAAAGAAUUAAUGAUGUUGCUUUUCCUCAUAACUAUUCAAACGUUUUUGCGACUAGUUCAUUAAAUGAAUUUCGAAUAAGUUCCUAAUUUAGAAUGUUUGGGCAGUUGCGUUUAUGAAUGAU